AUGCUUUCCUGGAUUACGGGCUCCAAAGACCCUGAAGAGGUCGAAGACGCCUUUCCUGAGGCACCAGAGACACCGGCCCAUGUCUUUGCAGCACGCGCUUUCAAGCAUGCCAUCUUUGGCACUCCCGCUCCUCCCAACGAGGCCACUUAUUCUCAAGAGCCUACUACCAGACAGUCUGUUGAGAUUGAUUCAAAACCACACGUUAAACCUGUCGAGAUGCCUACACGGUCCAAACACGACAUUAACGCCAUCGUACUGCCCUCGGCUCCAGGACUGUCGCCCACUAAACCGAACGGCAUCCUUAUGACCCCUGGAACUACGAGACGAAACAAGUCUGUCUCUUUUGGGGCCCAAGUCCUCGACAAUGAGUCUAAGAAGCAGGGCUCAAAUGCUUUCCCUGGAGAUGGCCUCGCUCAACCAGGCUCGACUUCGAACAGAGCACGAACCAAACUCACUGCCCAACUUCAAGAGGUUCGCGACUCGGCGCAAAAGGUAAAGACGAGCCAGACGCAGAGAGCCAAAGACGACACCGACCUGACCAUGGACUAUAUGGAGCCCCGGUCACAGUCUGGAAAGUACUGGAAGAGGGAGUACGAGUGGUAUGCCGAGAACACUCAGCGCGAGAUGAAGAAACUGGUAAUCAAGCAAAAGGCUGCAAAGGACUAUGCAAAGGAAAAGGAGGACGAAGUUGCCGAUUUGAGAACCCAGCUGCGUCAAGAAAGACUCAAGGUCGAAAAGCUCGAGGCCAAGACCAAAGAAUUGGCCGCGCAAAUGAUGGAGUUUGAGAAGAAGAUGCUGGGUCAAACAAGUCAGAACGCGCAGAAAGAUAUUGCCAGGUUCAAGGCCGAAAACGCACACCUCCGCCACGACCUUGACCAGGCUCUGAGUAAGCAGAGUGGUGUUGCCAACAGUCCCAAGCGCAAAACUCCAAAGUCACUUCCUGCAAAUGAUCUCUGGGCGAAUGCUGCGUUCUCCAGUCCUUUCCUAGACAAUGCGGCAGACAAAGACCAAUCGCCUUUACGAGCGCGAGACAUGAACAUCCAAGGCCAGACGCCCAAAAACGAGAAGCCAAAAGCCACCAAAACUGUUCAUGUCAAAAGACACAGCGAAGACACCAUGGACAUCUCAUUGGCUCUUCCGCAGCCAUCUCCUGAGUCCUUGCCUCGCGCUACACCUCGCAGUAGCAGAAAAUCCACAGCAGACAUGACUAUAGAUGAGCUGGUGGAAAAGUACUCGCCAGAGAAACCACAGUUUGAUCGUCUUGCUCUGCCUUUGGGCGUGGGUGCGCUGAACUUUGGCUCGAGCAAACCUGAGAUGAAAGCCACGACCAGCCCAACCAAGACUGGAGCUAGAAUCGCCAGUCUGAGUGACGAGAGGUUGGCCAAAGCACAAGCACGUAUCGAGGCGAGAAGGCUGUCCAAGUUGGCUGCAGCUUGA